AUGAUUAACGGUCUAUUUGGAAAAAAUUUCCUCAGAAGGAGAUUUUCCCAAGCCUCCAAGUCAACUCUGGACAUAAAAAAAUCGGUGCUUUACCAAGAUGAUGAUUACAUCGUUAUUGACAAGGGAUAUGGCUUAUCGACAUUUGGACAAGGUUCUAAUAAAGAAAGCAUAAUAAAAAAGUUGCAUUUCUUAAACCUACAUGAUCAUGAGAAUGCGAACAUUGUUUACAAAUUACACAACCACGUAGGGGGAUGUUUACUGAUAUGUACAAAUAAAUUUGUGAAAAAUCACUCGUAUGAAAAUACCUUUUUAGCAUUAGUAUAUGGGAGAGUUGAAAAGGAACAUAAUGCAGAAAUAAAGUUACGUUUAAAAUAUUUACCCAAUUCUAGAAUUAUGAUUCCGUCAAAUAAUUAUGAACACAUGAGAGAUCUUAAGAUGAUUAAAUAUGAUGUUAUUAGCAAUUCAAUUAUGUAUGAGAAGCAUUAUUAUAGCUUGUUGAAGAUUUUUACAAAUGCUAACAACUCCAAGUAUAUAAAACCCUUGUUAUUUUACUCCUUGUAUACAUGUAUAGUUGGAGAUAAUGAAUAUGUGGGUGUCUGGAAGAAUCUGAAAAAAAAUGGUUUCUUUGUUUUUCGAGACAUAAAAGGACAGGUGUACAAAGCCAGGCAAUUUUUGCUAAAGAGGAUAACGCAGAUUAGUAAAAAUAAUGAAUUGAUGCUACAUUUGCAUUGUUUGAAUGUCACCUUUCAAUCUACUUGUAACCAAGUUAUAUCCAUAUCAGCUCCACUUCCUCAACAUAUGCGAAACACAUUAAGCUUCUUAGGUUCCCCAUCAUUAAUUCAAAACAUCGAAGCAAAUGUUAGGGAUCAAAAUGAAUCGUCCUUUUUGAUAAAUAAGAAAGCAAACUUUUUUUCACAUAUGGAAGAAAGCAACAUUCUAGAUGAUGCUACUUUUGCACAAAAUGGGAAGAAUAUAGACACAGAUGAAAACUCUAAAUUAUAUGAUAUGAUGCAGGAUGAAGGAAGAAUGGAAUGCGAAAAUGAAGAGCUCUUAAAUGUGAUAUAUAAUAAACAAAAUGCCAAUAAAAAGGGGGAGAAGAACAAAUCUCAAUCCAGAAGAGGAAAACUAGCAAAGCAAGUAAGCAAGUUGACUUGUUCCGACGCUCCUAUUUUCUUAGCGGACGUUGAAUGA